AUGACACAGGAAGCUGUGAACAGAAAACUAGAAGCAAAGGUUAAGAAAGCAGCGAGAAAGCGAGCGGAGGUAGAUGAAGAUGACACCGCUCACAAGGGCAUUGGCACUAAGAAGUUUAAGUCCAAUAUUCUACUAAGGGAGCUACUAAAGGAAACGGCCACAAGAAAUUCAAGACCAAGGACAGCGUAGCCUUGGUCAGCGUAGCCGAGGCUACGGUAGCAAAGACACCACAAACUAGUAGUGAAGACGUACCCCCACCUAUUGGUGAAAGUAGC